AUGCCGCCGACGGAUCAUAGCUACCGUAUGCACAUUGAUCGAAUGGGAAGUGCCGAUUGUGACUGCUGUUGUGGUGGCGCCGCCGAUGCACUUGAAGCCGAUGAAGCGGCGCCGCCACCAUCUCCAGUUCGAGAAGUGCCAUCAUUCACCACCACUCCGAUACUUGAUCCAUGUUGCUGCUCUGAUGGGCUCCUCGUCGCGAUAGAUGAUACCGAAGCGAUAGAAGGCGUCGCUCCAGCGAGCGCCGACACGUUGAACAUCGGCUCUCGAGACUCGAGUGCAAUUGACAACCGACCCUCUUGUGCUGAUUGCGACACGCCCACCUCAUAG